UCCUCCUCCAUAGUGGAUGGCUGCAUUGAUUGGUCGGUGGACCUGAAGAGGUACCGGGUCCUAGCAGGGGAACCAGUGAGGGUGAAGUGCGCCCUGUUCUACAGCUACAUCAGGACCAACUACUCCAUGGCCCAGAGCGCCAAGCUUCGGCUCAUCUGGUACAAAAACAAAGGGGACUCGGAGGAGCCUAUCAUCUUCUCGGGCCAUCGGCUCAGCAAGGAGGAUGACUCCAUCUGGUUCCGCUCAGCCGAGCUGGAGGACAACGGCUUCUACACCUGUGUCCUGAGAAACUCCACCUACUGCAUGAAGGUGUCCAUGUCCUUGGCGGUGGAGGAGAACGACGAGGGCCUGUGCUUCAACAGUAAAAUACGCCACCUGGAGAAAGCCGAGAUCACUAAAAGCAAGAUAAUCAACUGCCCCGACAUCGAGGAUUACCUCGCCCCUUACAAGCAGCCCCAGAUGACCUGGUAUAAGGAGUGUGAGAAGAAGACAUGGCGGAGCUCCAUCAUGGUGAACACCACCAACAUCUGGUUCCCUGAGGUGCAGGAGGACGACGGGGGGAACUACACCUGUGAGCUCAAGUAUGGCAGCCGGGUGGUGAGAAGGACCACAGAGCUCAAAGUCACAGCUCUCCUCACAACCAGACCCCCGAAGGUCCUGUUCCCCACUGAGAGACAGGCCAGUGUUAUAGAUGUCCAACCGGGUAUGCCCCUCAGUCUGGACUGUAAGGCCUUCUUCGGCUACAGCGGGGAGUCCAGACCUAUCAUCUACUGGAUGAAAGGGGAGAAGUUUGUGGAGGAGCUGGCAGGUCACAUUAAAGAAAGUGAAGUCAGGGUGUUGAAGGAGUAUCUAGGGGAGAAGGAGGUGGAGCUGUCCCUAACCUUUGAUGCGGUGGAGGAGACGGACCUGGGCAACUACACCUGCUUUGUGGAGAACCAUAUCGGGCGGAGGAGUGGCAGCGCCAUCCUGCAGAAGAAAGACAUGUACAGGCUAGAGCUGGCUGGUGGACUAGGAGCCAUCCUGCUUCUACUGGGCUUCUUCACGGCCAUAUACAAGUGCUACAACGUGGAGAUCAUGCUCUGCUACCGGAGGCACUUUGGGAGUGACGAGACAGAAGACGACAACAAGGAGUAUGAUGCAUAUUUGUCCUACACCAAAGUGGAGCUGGAUUCGAUGAACAGGGGCUCCAGUGAAGAGGAGCAGUUUGCUCUGGAGAUCCUCCCAGAUGUUCUGGAGAAACACUACGGAUACAAGCUCUUCAUCCCCGACCGGGACCUCAUCCCUAGCAGUCACAGCAUCUACAUCGAGGACCUGGCGCGAAGCGUGGAGCAAAGCAGGCGGCUGAUCAUCGUGUUGACUCCUGAGUUUGUGGCCAAGCGUGGCUGGAGCAUCUUCCAGCUGGAGACACGGCUCCACAGCAUGCUGGUGACAGGGGAGAUCAAGGUCAUUAUGAUCGAGUGUGCUGACCUCAAGAGCGUCAUCAACUACCAAGAGGUGGAGGCCCUGAAGAACACCAUCAAAGUGCUCACCAUCAUCAAGUGGAGGGGCCCUAAGAGCAACGAGCUCAAGUCCAAGUUUUGGAAGCAGGUGAUUUACGAGAUGCCGGUAAAGAGGAAGGAGAUGCUGUCUCGCCGGCAGGUGCUUGACUCCGGAGAGCAGGGCCUGUUCGGCGACCUGCAGACGGUCUCCACCAUCGCCAUGACGACCACAUCUGCCUCGCUGGCGCCCGCCCACCAUGCCGAGAUCCCAGACUUUAACCAGGCCGGCCACCCCCAGAUGAGACACUACUGCACCCGUAGUUACGAGUAUAAGAUGCCCGGUUCCCCCGUGCAGAUAGCCACCUUGAGUAACCGUCACAUGUACUGCAAUAUCCCCAUGACGCUGCUCAACGGACAGGUGAGUCAGAACAACACGAUGGGAAAGAGCAAGCAGGAGAUCCACUUGAACAGCACAUUCGUCCCUCUAUCUGGAAGGGAACUCACAAGUGAUAUCUGGUAG